AUGUUCAAGAAUAUUCGCGGUCUGUUUUCCCGCGACCUGUCUAUUGACCUCGGUACAGCUAACACACUCAUUUACGUGCGCGAUCAGGGCAUUGUACUGAACGAGCCGUCGGUGGUGGCCAUCCGUACCCAGGGUAACCAGAAGAGUGUUGCUGCGGUAGGCCUCGAUGCAAAACGCAUGCUGGGGCGUACGCCGGGUAAUAUAACCGCGAUCCGGCCCCUCAAAGACGGGGUGAUUGCAGAUUUUCUGGUGACGGAAAAAAUGCUCAAGUACUUCAUCAACAAGGUCCACGAAAAUUCCUUCAUCCGCCCAAGUCCGCGGGUGCUGGUCUGUGUGCCUUGUAAAUCUACCGAAGUUGAACGCCGUGCUAUCCGUGAAAGUGCUUUAUCUGCCGGUGCGCGGGAUGUGCGGCUGGUAGAAGAACCCAUGGCUGCGGCCAUCGGCGCUGGUUUGCCGGUUCAGGAGGCUGUCGGCACUAUGGUUGUUGAUAUCGGUGGUGGUACCACUGAAAUUGCGAUUAUCUCGCUGAAUGGUGUGGUCUUGUCCGAUACCGUGCGAGUUGGCGGUGAUCGCUUUGACGAAGCAAUUGUUGCCUAUGUGCGGCGCACUCAGGGUAGCCUGAUUGGCGAAGCCACAGCUGAGCGCAUCAAGCAGGAAAUUGGUGCAGCUUACCCCCAGAAGGAUAUCCGUGAAAUUGAUGUGCGUGGCCGCAACCUUGCGGAAGGUGUGCCGCGCAGCUUUACGUUGAACAGCAAUGAAAUUCUUGAAGCGCUGCAGGAGCCGCUGUCGAUGAUUGUGCAGGCGGUUAAAAGCGCGCUGGAACAAUGUCCUCCGGAGCUCGCUUCAGACAUUGCCGAAACCGGCAUGGUAUUGACCGGCGGCGGCGCGCUGCUGCGCGAUCUGGAUAUUCUGCUGGCCGAGGAAACCGGGCUGCCGGUCAUCAUUGCAGAAGAUCCUCUGACCUGUGUUGCCCGUGGUGGUGGCAAAGCGCUGGAGCUCAUGGAUGCUGCAGGGUAUCUCCUGUUUGGCCUGGGCCUGGUGUCGGCACUGCUCAUUGUGAUUGAAUCCUCUACCCGCGUGCUCGACCCGGUGCGCGGCUUUAUUUCCAGUCUGGUCAGUCCUGUAUACCUGCUUGCGGAAUCACCCUACAUGAUCAGCGGGGUGGUCAGUGAUGUGGUCUCCACCCAGGAUCAGCUGCUGGUUCGAAAUCAGCAGCUUGAACGUCAGAUUCUGGAGCUCUCACAGAUAUCUCAACAAUAUGUGGCUCUGAAGGCCGAAAAUGAUCGGCUGCGUGGCUUGCUGGGUUCCCAGGGCCGUCUGCCCUACGAAGUCCUGAUCGCAGAAUUAGUGGGGAUUGUGCCUGACACCGACACCUUUCAGAUCAUUAUCGACAAAGGCUUGAAUGCUGGCGUUAAACCCGGCCUGGCAGUGUUGGACGCGCAAGGACUGUUCGGUCAGGUGAUUGAAGUGGGUCGCUUUACCAGUCGCGUGUUGCUGGUCACCGAUGCUGACCAUGCCGUGCCGGUGCGUGUGAAUCGUAAUGGUGUGCGCGGCAUUGCAGGUGGUACGGGCGAAGUAGAUGCAUUGGUGUUGGAAAAUGUCUCUGUGACCGCGGAUAUUGUUGAAGGGGAUCUUUUGGAAACCUCCGGUCUGGGAGGCCGAUUCCCGCCUGGGUACCCGGUAGGUGCGUCUGCGCCCAACGGCAGCGCUGGAUCGCUCCCACCAUGUGCUGGUGGUGUUUGGGCCGGAUCAGGUCAAGCAGCAAUCCCCGCAACAGGUUGUGGAACAGGAGCCCUCGCCAUGAACCCCGGCAAUGGUGGUUGGGUGAUUGGUUUGAGCCUGUUGGCUGCGAUGAUUCUGGGCGUGUUCCACCUGCCGGAAUGGGCGCCUGCCUGGCUGGGUUGGUUGCGUCCGAACUGGUUGCUUCUGGUGCUGUUCUUCUGGGCGAUCGAGCUACCCCAUCGAGUCGGACUCAUUGCUGUCUGGAUGCUGGGUCUGAUGGUUGACGUGCUGUAUGCAGAACCCCUUGGUCUGAAUGGUUUUGUGCUGGCUGGGGUGACCUAUGUGGCCUGGCGAUUUUUUGAACGGCUGCGUAUGUAUUCAGUCCUGCAGCAGGCCAUGCUGGUCUUUGCGCUGGCCCUGAGUGCUGAAUUUCUACGUGUUUUUGCCAUCGGGCUGUCCAGCGACCGUGCCUGGGGCUGGUCGGUGCUGACCUCGCCGCUUGUGACCAUGUGCCUGUGGCCUUUUAUAUUCCUGCUGCUGCUGCGCAUCCGUACCGGUGAGUCACCUGCUGCUUAUGUCGCGCGGUUAGCGCAAGCCAAGGCGCAGGCUGGCUUUGAGCCCGGCGCCAUAAGCAUUGGUGCAGAUACAACAGUGACCAUUGAUGAUGAAAUUCUUGGCAAACCCUGUGGUCUAACCGAAGGUGUAGAUAUGCUUCUGCGUCUGGCUGGGCGUCGCCAUGAGGUGUUAACUGGUGUCGCCGUCAGUGAUGGUGUGAAAACGCUGUGCGAGGUGGUUGGUGCCGUAGUUCACUUUGGUGAAAUCAGUACCGCCACCGCCGAGCGCUACUGGUAUACCGGAGAACCUGCAGAUAAAGCGGGUGGUUAUGGUAUUCAGGGGAUUGGGGGUAUAUUUGUGCAGCGUUUGGAAGGCAGCUACACCGCAGUGGUGGGUUUGCCCGUAGAGCGCACAGAGCAUCUGUUGCGAGCGUUCAACAUCGAGAUCCAUAUCGCCCGGUCGGCGGGCUACAGCGUCACAGGCAACAUCUAUCUGGGCAAGGUGGAGCGUAUUGUCCCAGGGAUGCAGGCGGCGUUUGUUGAUGUCGGGCUGGCGCGCCCAGGGUUUCUGCACGCUCGAGACAUAGACAGCCCUCGUAUUUUUACCGCGCAGAAUGAGGAGCCGUCUGCCAAACCGGAUAUUCGUGACCUGCUGCAUGAAGGCCAGUCGGUGCUGGUGCAGGUUGAAAAAGAUCCAAUCGCAAAUAAAGGCGCCAGGUUAUCAACGCAAUUGGCCCUGGCUUCCAAAUAUCUGGUGCUGAUGCCAAAUGAAAAUCACAUCGGCAUCUCCCAGCGCAUCGAUGAUGAAAACGAACGCGAGCGCCUCAAAGACAUAAUACUGGGUGUAAAAAACACCUACACGAUCGGCGGUGGUGUCAUUGCGCGCACCGCAGCGGACGCGGCAGAUGAGGCCCAGCUCACCUCGGAUCUGCGUCUGCUGCAGCGGAUCUGGCAACGUAUCAGCGAACGCAUCAAAGGUGCACAGGUACCUUCUCUGGCUUACGAAGAGUUGCCGCUGCACACACGCAUGAUUCGCGACCUCGCCAGUGCGCAAACCGAAAGCAUUCUGAUUGAUGAUGCGCAUACCUUUGCCCGUAUCCGAAGUUAUGUUGAUGAAUUCAUACCGGGUUAUGCGGAGCGGUUGCACUGUUACGCUGAAAAGCGACCGCUGUUUGAACGUCAUGGCAUUGAGGACGAACUCACCAGAGCGCUUGAACCAAAACACUGCCUCAAAUCCGGCGGCAGCAUUGUCAUUGAACAAACCGAGGCGAUGAUCAGUGUUGACGUGAACACCGGUGGUUUCCUGGGUGGGCACAGUCUCGAAGAAACGGUGUUCCGAGCGAAUCUCGAAGCGGCUGCAGCGAUUCCGAGGCAACUGCGUCUGCGUAAUCUUGGCGGCAUUAUUGUUAUCGACUUCAUUGAUAUGGAAGAUGAAGAGCAUAAGCGCCAGGUACUGCGGACUUUGGAAAAAGCCGUUGAAGCUGAUCCGGCACGCACACGAAUUGAAGGCUUUUCUUCGCUCGGGCUGGUGCAGAUGAGUCGCAAACGCACCCGCGAAUCUCUGGCGCAGAGCAUGUGUGCGCCUUGCAGCCAGUGUGAAGGUUAUGGUCUGGUCCGAACCCCUGAAUCCACCUGCGUGGAAGUGUUGCGGGCGCUGUCGCAGGAUUAUCAGGCGCGGUGUCGUAACAAGACGCCGGAAGGGGAUUAUCUGAUUCGCGCAACAGAAGCAGUUGUCGACCGAUUAUUGGAUGAAGAUGCGCAAUAUCUGGCAACACUGUCAGAAAACAUUCAGCGCGAGAUCCGUAUUCAGGUUGAGCCCAGCUAUCCGGAAGGACAAUUUGAUAUCGUGCUGGUGCAGAACGUCGCCCGUUAA